AUGUCAAAGGUGAUGGCUGCCCCGGACCUGGCGGUCAAGAAACGGCCCAUCCCGGGAGCUGUAACCAUCUCCAAAUCCGAGAGCUUCGAUUCCCUCGCGAGCCGUUCGACGGCAGACCCGAAUUCGCCAGCAAGCUUCGACAGCGGGCAUCGAUCCUUCUCCAUCAGCUCCAUCAAAGGUCGGGCAUGGCGCUCAUUCAGCUCCAAGGAACGAGGUGGAACUCCCGACGGAGGCCAUAGCUUUCGCACCAACGCCCGGCGGCUUUCCAAGUCGAGACCCAUAUCUUCUUCGUCGCAUAUCGAUGGCCCCAGUCGCCGGGGCUCGACCGUCUCCGACGAUCAUAGCCGGGCAUCGCUCUCGACCGCCGAUAGCCUGAGCCUAGUCAACGCGAGCUCGGCCACUUCGUCUGUCGACUGGGGAGCCCAGCACGUCGAGGGAUAUGCCGCGCUCGAGUCCGACAAUCUCCUACUGAAAACAAAGACUCCUUACCUGGUCGUCACGACGAACUACCUGAUCAAGACGAAGAGUCGCGCUGAUGCUGCGACGCUUGUCCCAGGAUUGUCGGAAGGGGCCAAGCCCGAAAGCAAUGGGUCAACCCCCGAGCCGCUGCUGGUCAUCCCAACGGAAGCUAUCGUGUCGGUGUUUGCGGCAGAGAGCACACGUCCGUCGUUGGGGAUCGAAGUUUGGUGGAAAAGCCCGCUGGCUGGCCACUCGUUCUGCCGUUCGGAAUUCUUCUUCACUAAUCCCACCCAGCGGAACGAGCAGGUGCAUCAUAUCGCCCGCUCCAUGCGGGCCGGCCAACAACAACAGGAUGAGGAUGGAGCCGUUCGCCAUUCCCAAGGCGUCAAGGUGCUGCUAGAAAAGAUCCACGAGGUCGAGGAACCUCGGUUCCACCACCGGAAACCCAACAUCAUUCCUGUUGUGCCGCGUGGUGCUACGAGGAGGGGGUACAUGCCCAAGCUCGAGGAUGCUACGAAAAAGUCCCAGGAAGGCCCCGCGUUCUACCUCGUAGUCGGCACCUACCUCUGCCACCUCGUCGAGAUCCAGAAAGGGAAGGGCGGGGAGGCAGUUUGUCGGCACAAAUCGUACGGCCUGGCUACGCUGGAGAGCUUCAAGGGGGAGUGGGUUAUGCACGAAGAGCGCUUCAACAUCACCUUCCGCGAGCCGUUCCAGAAUCCAGUCACCCUUGAGCUUGCCAGCCGGUACUACCGACAGGUCAUCCGCGUCUUUGGCACGGCGGACCGCUUUCUCAAGCCCGCCUGGCCGCAGCUAUGGCAGAGCAUGGAGAUCUUCCACGUCUCGGGCCUAAAAGAGCCGCAGUACCUCGUGCCCAAGGAGGACUUUGGAAGCUUCAAGCGGACCCUCGAUGCCUACCUCGCCGCCUAUCACUGCCAGGAUGUCGACUGGGAGAUCAACUGGAAGACUCGGUUCGCCCCGGAGUUCCGGCUACUGCCCGGAAAGCGCGGGUCGUACUCCCCCUUGCAGCUCCUAGCUGUCCUCCGCGCUCUGCGGUACAACGACUAUUUCACUUCGCUGUCCUUUCGGGACAUCGACUUGUCGGUGCUCUAUGGCCUCCAGGACAACACCCUUAGGAAGGUGAACGUUGCGUACCUGAGCCGUACCUGCGUGGCCCUCGGCCCUGACGAAAUCGAGACGCUGAGGAUCAGUCCCGUGCUGCAUCAAGAGUUCCACGCCCUCGCGUUCUGUUCCGAAAAGAUUCGGCAGAUCGACUUUAGCAACAGCACCAGGUCCCUUCCUUCGAGAGUGGCGCAAUACAGCAAUAGCCAGUCGCCCGGCCUUCAGUUUCUCACCCCCAUUUUGAGCCUGCUGAGGUCCGGUAUUACCAAGUGCAACCGCCUGAUCGUCAGCGGGAAUACCCUGCCGCAGUUCGAUGUCGACGACCUUGCCGAGACGAUGAAGUGUGGAGCGAUUCAAGCCCUGGACGUGUCAUACUGCGGGCUUGACGACGCCAGCUUGCGAGACAUGAUCGUUGAUCCGCUCUCCGACUACCCGGGGCUCCUGCAGUCACUGUCCGUAUCUGGAAAUCCUGGGCGACUUCCGGCGCACAUUAUGCCCGGACUGUUUCGAUAUCUCACCGAAAUCCGGGUGCUGAACCUGAGCGGCAGCAUCCAGGCCGAGAGUUACAUCGAGGGUUCACUGCUGCCCUUUUCCGCCCUCGAGUCUAUGGAGAGGCUCGAGGAGCUUGACGUCUCAGGUUACAAGCUCGACGAAGCGACAUGCCACGACCUGGAGCGAUUCUUGCAGUACCGAAGCUGGCGGCUCGACCAAGGCCAGCCCCUGCGAUUCCACAAGCUCGUCCUCAACCACUGCCGAAUCACGGGCACGCAAGCCGCGCGGCUCUUCCACGCCAUCGGCGAGAACCGCGGCCUGCACCUGUGCCUCAACGGCAACCCGAUCGAAGACGGCAUCGCCGACCUCGCAACCGCCAUCGCAGCCCACAAGGGCCCCGCCGCCCUCUACCUAGAAAUGAUCGAGUUCAAGCACGAAGCCAACUACCUCACCCUCCUCUCCGCCCUGACCACAACCCAGCACCUCACCCUCCUCAGCCUAGCCGGCACCGCCCCCUCCCCGGAAGCCCCCGGGCCCUGCACCCCCCAGCUCACAACCACCCUGCACAACCUCCUCGCCCGCAACACCUCCCUCCUCUGCCUCGACCUCUCCGGCUUCUCGGGCAAGCUCGACGACGGCCAACUCCCGCACGGCGCCGGCCGCGCCCUCGCGGGGCUCGCCGCCAACCGCACCCUGACCCACCUGCGCGUGCGCAACCAGAACCUGCACGACGACGCGGGCGUGCUGGGCCGCGCCCUGGCCGCCAACACCACCUUGCGCUCGCUCGACUGCCGCGGCAACGGCCUCAACCUGACCAGCCUGCGCUUCCUGGUCGACUCGCUGGCGGUCAACACGUCGGUGACCGACUUCCCCUGCCCCGCCGACGAGCGCGCUGCCGUGUGGAGGACGGUGUUGCGGGGCCUGCAGCGCACGCCCUCGACGGCGGCGCUGGCGGUGCCCGCGCAGGGGACGGUUAGUGCGGCGAAUCCGUGCCCCGUGGCGGUGAGGGAUUUGUUGAGGGAUGAGGAGGUGAUGUUGCGCGGGGUGUUGGAGGGGUUGUUUGGGAGGUUGGAGAAGAGGUUGGAGGAGAAUCGGGUGCGGGCGGGGGUGGUGGAUGGUGCUGGGGGUGGGGGUGGUGGUGGUGGUGAUGGGAACAAGCAGGGGGGGUAUCGGCAUCGUCAUCAAAGGAGUGGGAGUAGUAGUGCGGGGCUGGGUGUGGGUGGCGGGGGUGUGUUCCCCGGGGAGGAGGAGUGGCCGGGGUUUGAUGUGGUUGCCAACGCCAGUGGUGCCGCCGUGGGGUUGGGUAUUGGUCUGGUUGGUGGUGGCGGGCCGAGUAGGUGGCCGAGUACAGACUCGGAACCGGGCAGCAGCAGCAGCGCGGCCAGGGUGGGGAGCGAGCCGCCGUUUGCGGAAUACCAACUCGGCAACGGCAGCAGCGACGGCGCCGCCAGUUACAACUAUGGGUAUGGCGGUGGUGGUGUGGCCGGUGGCUUGGAGAGCCCGACCGAGACGCUGGAUCCCGUGUCGGAGGUCGAGACGCCUGCGGAGGGGCAGGAGCGGGACCAGACGCAAGUGCGUGUGGUGAUUGGGGAUGUGGAUGAGGAGGUGGAAGAGGAGGGAGAAGGGGACGAGUUGUUCCGCAAGAUGGUGAACGAUUUCCGGAAGGCGGGGUUUGAGGUUUAG